AUGGAGAGUUGUGAUCCAUCUGGACCUCUAAUGGUUAAUGUGAACAAACUCUACUCUAAAUCAGAUUGCAAUCUCGUUGAUGUUCUCUGUAAAUUUUACAGUGGUGAGAUUCAGACUGGACAGAUUGUGCCGGGAGAAGGUUAUUCACCAGAUGAUGAAGAGGAUAUGACCGGACCCAACAUGCUCUUAGAUGAUUGCCUUCCGGUGGAGCUGAUAAAACUUGUUGAAUGCUCACGUGAGGGACCUCUCUGUGACGAACCUAUCAGAAAUAUGAAGUUCAAGAUUGUUGAUGCUAAGGUUGCUCCUGAACCCAUAUAUCGAGGUACUGGUCAGAUUAGUCCAACUGCUCGACGGGUUACAUAUUCAGCUUUCCUCAUGGCUAUUCCACGUCUUAUGGAACCUGUAUACUAUGUUGAGAUACAGACCCCAAUAGGUUGUGUAUCUGCCAUCUAUACAGUGUUUUCUCAUCGACGUGGUCAUGUUACGACUAAUGUUCCUCAACCUGGUACGCCAGCUUAUAUCAUAAAGAUAAUACUUCACUUUGCAGUAGAUUCUUUUGCGGAGGAAAAGAGACCACAACUACAUGAAAGGAGUAUUGUUGAGUAUAUCGAGAUUAUCUGGGGACUACUGGGUGCUUCUGGUAUUAUCACUAGUAUAACUCAUAUCCUAUCAACUGUGAUAGAAGGGAUCGAUGGGUACAAUUUGCAACAGACACCAGGUCCAUGAUACCAACAAGAACGCGCAAGUGUCAUUCCUACACUGAAGAGAUAAUGCUCAUCUCUGUCCUUGAUUUUCUUUGUCUUUUUAUUUUACUUGUAUAUAAUUGGUCUCUGAUUUUCUUGUGAUUGCGUUCUUGAAUCGUCUCGUUGGUGGUGUGCAGGUAGCACAUAUUGUUGUUUCAUUCUGAGAGACGGUGGUGGAGUCCUCUUCGGUGGAAUGUUUCGUCGAAAAAUUUUGUGAACUUUCCAAAGAAAAACAAAAGCCAGAAUAUAAAUACAGACCCCAAUAGGUUG